AUGGUGAAGGACGUGGUGGUGACAAAGGCAUUGCUCGGGGUCUUGAGCGACCUUGAGGACAAUAACUUCGAGCUAUUGAAGUUCCACUUACAGGAUGGAAGCCUGCUGGAGGGCCAGGGCCACCUGGCCCGAGGGGAGAUGGAGGGUCUGAGUCGGGUGGAUCUGGCUCCAUGGCUGAUCUAAAUGUGUGGAGCCCAGGAGGCUGUGAAAGUGGUGCUCAAGGUCUUGACAGCCAUGAACCUGUUGGAGCUCGUGGACUAGCUCAGCCACGUCGCAGAUUAUGGAGAAAUGUACCGAGAGCAUGUGCACGGCCUAGAGGAGCGGCAGGAAGGGGGCGAGGGUGGCUACAACCAGCUGCUCCUGGUGGCCACGCGCAGCUCAGGGAGCCCAGUGUCAUCUGCCUGUCUGCCCCCCCACUGUGACUCUGUUACAGUGGAGGCUCUAUUAGAUCCAGGGGGAAAGUCCUCCCAGGUCCCACCCACAGUGGUGCUACAGGGGUCGGCUGGCAUGGGAAAGACAACACUGUCCAGAAUGGUGCUGGACUGGACCACUGGCACCCUGUACCCAGGCCAGCUGGAUGAUGUCUUUUAUGUGAGCUGCAGAGAAGUGGUCCUGCUGCCGGAGGGCAGACUGGACCAGCUCCUCUUCUGGUGUUGUGGGGAAAAUCAAGUGCCCAUCACAGAGAUUCUGAUGCAGCUGGAGUGGCUCCUGUUCACUGAUGACUGCGAUGAGCUGCAGAGGCCCUUUGCAGAGAGGUUGAAGAGGCCGAGGUCCAGUCCCACGGAGGAUGUGCUGCACCUUCUGAUGGGGAGGAAUGCUAAUGCUCCCAGGUCCGCCCUUCUCAUCACCACCUGCGUGCUGGCUUUGUGAAAUUUGGAGUCCUUGCUGAGACAACCACACCAUGUCCACAUCCUAGAGAAGGCUGAGAGGAGGAGGUAUUUCAACUCCUACUUCACAGAUGAGGCGCAAGCCAGAAAUGCCCUUGACAUUGUACAAAGAAAUGAUGUUCUCAACAAAGCAUGUCAGGUUCCAGGCAUUUGCUGUGUGGUCUGCUCCUGGCUGAAGGGGCAGAUAGAGCAAGGCAGAGAGGUCUUGGAGAUGUCCAGUAAUUGCACUGACAUCUUCAUGGCCUACGUCUCCACCUUCCUGCCCCACAGUGCUCCUGGGGUCUGCUCUGAGCUUACCCGGGACAAGGUCCUGAGGCUGUGCCCCUUGGCAGCUGAGGGCAUCGUGUUUGAAGAAGGUGACCUCAGGAAGCACAGUUUAGAUGGGCUCAGCCUUGCUGCUUUUGUGAGCAGCAACAGUUACCAAGAGGGACUUGACAUCCAGAAGUACAGCUUUUACCGCAUUAGCUUAUAGGAAUUUUUUCAUGCCAUGUCCUACCUGGUGGAAGAGGACCGGAGCCAGCUGGCAGGGGGAGAGUGCUGCAGAGAAGUGAAUAAGCUGCUAGAUGAAAAGAAGCAGACAGGGAGUGAGGCGAGGGCCCUCAGUAUGCAGUUUUUAUUGGACAUAUCAAAAAAAGAGGGCUCCUCGAACUGGGAGCUAAAGUUCUGCCUCAAAAUUUCUCCCUCGAUAAAGCAGGAUCUGAAGUGUUUUAAAGAACGAAUGGAUUCUAUAAAGCAUUUCAGGACUUGGGAUUUGGAAUUCUCCCUGUAUGAAUCUAAAGUAAAGGGUUUGAUAAAGGGUGUUCAGAUGAGUUAUGUAUCGUUUAAGAUGGAACAUUUCAGUGAAAAGAAAUUCCAUAGAAGGAACUCAUUUUCUGUCAAAACCAGCUUGAGUAAUGGAGAGUGA